AGGCUGACGUUCCAAUUAGUGCUCAUCAUCAGGCUUCCUUGCUUCAGCGCUGCCGAGUGAUUCUGGGCCAGGAGCAGUUCCUCGGAGAGCCACCUAGCCAAGAGGAGAAGAGGCAGAAAAAGACACAUUGGUGUAUUUAUAGAAAAAUGAGGCCUCACAAUACCCGUUUUGGAGAGUGAAUUAUUAAGGAACUGAGGUGCGCGGGUGCACGCGUCCCAGUUUUCGGAUUAACACUGUGCAAGCAGUCCCUGGGAUGAAUCAGGGAUGAGACGCAGGACCAACUCCUUGACACACUCGCAGCGAGACGGGACUUGCUUUUCAUGCACACUCAGCUACCACUCAUUCGGACUUGGUGGGAUUUUGGAUCACUGGGUUCUCGGGGUGGAUAUUUUUUCAUUCAUUUUAAUUUUUUUUUACCUGAGAAGUCUCCUAGCAAGUCUACCUACACUUUCACACCGAAGAUGAAGAAGUUCCUGCAAAACAAAAAAGGCAGAUACUCUUUUCGCCAAACCAAACGGGGCUCUCGGUGUCCACCUAAAGAUUUCUUCUUCAGCAUGCCCGCGUCCAACCAUGGCUGGCCUGAGGAGUUUGGCUUCCAGCUGGGCGGGAAUGGACCGAGCUACAUCCUGUCUGUGGAGGAAGGAAGCAGCGCCCACCUGGCUGGGCUGCAGGCUGGAGACCAGGUGCUGGAAAUCGAGGGUCACAAUGUGUCAACACUGGGUCCGCAAGCCGUCAUUGCCAUCGCCCAGACUCAGAAGAACAUUCCCCCCAGCAUUGGAGUAGUGUCCCGCAUACAGCAAAUGGACAUCAUACCAGGUCCAGAUGGUCGAUUCGGGUUUACUAUCGUGGGAGACUGCCCCUUGUUGGUGGAGGACUGCUCGCCGUGCUCCCCGGCAGGCCGUGCGGGUUUGCGGGCAGGCGACUGCGUCAUGGAGGUCAACGGUAUCCCCGUCAGGCAGCAUGAGACCGCCGCGGCGCUCAUCAAGUCAUCCCAGGGGAGGACGCUGCGUUUGGGCGUGCUGUGCCUUGGCGCCAGGCAGAAACACAGCAUGAGCCUGGAUGACAGUCAGCUCGGAGGGGAAGGUGCAAAUCUGGAACGGAAAUACAAGGCUCUGGAAUUCAACAGGAAGGUUGAGCAGAUUUUGAGCAACGAGCCCGAAGUGAAGGAGAGACUCUUCAGCGUGUUGAAGCAGUACGCAGCUGAGAAGAAAGUGGAUUGGUUGGCCUGCGUCUUGCCCGAAAUCCUCAUCACUGAUGACCAUCGACAGCUCAUCUCCAGCAUCAGAAUCUUCAUUCCCAAGAAGCACCGACAGCGCUUUGAUGAGUCCGUCUCCCAAAACGUGAUCAACAGGCUGUGUCGCAGCAAGAGCAUCAGUGAGCCGCAAGGCAGAAUCCGUCAUAGCCGGAGCGAGGAUCACUCCGACCGCCACCACGGGAGCAAACGGGCGAGCUCGGUGCCACGGGAUGGAGGGGAACCCGGGGAAAGGGGCGAGGCGGAGCGAGAGAGAGGUCACAGAAAGUCUGUCUCUGGGAUACCCACGCAUCCCCCCAUUGGACCCAAUCAAAGGCUCAUACGGGUCUACAGGGGAAAGAAAACCUUCGGCUUCACACUGCGAGGUCACGCACCAGUCUGCAUUGACUCUGUCAUUCCAGAUAGUCCUGCUGAAGAAUGUGGCCUCAAACCAGGCGAUCGCAUCCUCUUCCUCAAUGGACUGGACAUGAGGAACUGUUCCCAUGAGAAGGUCGUGUCCAUGCUGCAAGGCAGUGGUGCGAUGCCAACUCUGGUUGUGGAGGACGGCCCGGCUGAUUACUCCUCUGACCCAACAGACCCGGAGGAAACUCCCAGCGUGUCUUCUAACACACUACCACGCGCUAGAUCUCCAGUCCUCAGCUCCCUUCAGUGGGUAGCGGAGAUCCUUCCACCGAGCAUCAAAGUCCACGGGCGGACGUUCAGCCAGCAGCUGGAACAUUUGCUAACCAUCCAGGAGAGGUACACAGUCUGCAAGGCCCUGGAGACCUUCUUCCAGCACAGGAAUGUGGACACUCUUAUUGUGGAUGUGUUCCCGGUGUUGGACACGCCAGCCAAGCAGCUGAUAUGGCAGUUUAUUUACCAGCUGCUGACCUACGAGGAGCAGGAACGCUGUCAAAACAAACUGUCCCGUUUCCUGGGUUUCAAAAGCAGCGCAGUCUUAGAGCCCGAUGGACCGGAGCAGCACCGGCGGAGCAGCUCCAUGCGAGUAUCUGGGACGUCAUACCGCGGCGGCUGCAUGCGAGAGAGGAGUUCUGAUGACUGCAUCAUCGGCACUCACCUGGGAAUGGGAAUUCAUGUGGAUGAAUGUGCAAGCCAGGAGGAGAGGCAGUCAGGAGACGGAACCUCCUUCCCCGAGUCCCCUGAUCUAAGUCAUAUGUCAGGUGUGUACACGGAGCUGGAGAACGUGUAUGCAGGGAAGAGUGUGUCUCCGCUGCACGGGGGCUCCCCGGCAGAGCCCGAGGGGCCCGGACAGACUGAGGCCUAUGGCCGCUCUCUCUCCCCCCUCACACUCCCCCCUCUCACAGGUAACCGUAAAUCCGGCCUGUCCCUCACCUGGAAGGAACCCCUCCCCACCCAGGUGUAUGGGAUCCACCAUCAAAGCAGCGCGGACUCCAACCCUUACGUCAGCCUGGAGAGCCCUCCUGCCUCCCCCCAUCGCAGCCCCGGCACGUUGAGCCGCCGCAGGAAGCUGUUCACCUUCUCCCGUCCACCUCGCAGCCGGGACACAGACAAGUUCCUGGACGCCCUCAGUGAGCAGCUGGGUCACCGAGUCACUAUCGUGGAUGACUAUGUGGCGGGCGAGAACGACUACGAGGAGAUGAGCUAUCCAGAGGAACAGGACGUGGGCUUCAUGCGUCGACAGCUCAGUAGUGGCAGCAGCGAGGACCACAGUAGCAGCGACGAGGUUUCUUCUCCCUGCUAUUCUUCUGGCUCCGAGCAUAUCCCGCCUCCUCCCACCAAGAGCCCCCCGCCUCCCCCACCCUUCCAGGCCUUGAUACCGCCUCCAGUUCAGUUCACGGACCCCAGGCCACCAGUCCGCUUCUCGCCAGAACACAUCCCCCGCAGCCGGAUGCCCUUCCAGCCUCACCACCCCAUCAUCCCCCCUCCUCCACCUCCUCUGAGGACCCUCCUGUCCAACCGCUCCCCUGUCCACAAGGUGCUGCCCACAAGGGAGGAGGCAGAUGACCAGCGCUUCCAGACCCCGUCCACUCGUCUCUCGCGCGGCCACACCACCUUCACGACCACCACCAUCUUGCGCUCGUCCCGCCCCAGCUACCUCCCACGGCAGCUAAGCCAGCCCCAGCCCAUCCUCCGGCCGUCCCCUCAGCCGUCCCCACAGAUGCUGCGGCCAAGCCAGCUCGUCCUGCACAGGCAUCACCAGCUCCACCACCAGCACAGCUACCAAGGCACGUUGCCGCCAUCCCUCGAAGAUCACAACCCAUCCCGGUGUGAGAAACAAGGCAGUCCUACAACAACAAUGCAUCCCAAGUCUUCAACCACUCACUCUGCCCUGCCCAGCCACACUAAAUCCCCCCGUCAGGAGGAAGAAUCACAGCAGGCACCUCCGCCUCCUCCUCCACCUAUGCCCCCGCCCUGCGACCCACCUCCAUUGCCUACGCCGGGUCACGCCUCCGACGCCAACCACAUGAGCGUGAAGAGGCUGCGCUGGGAGCAGGUGGAGAACUCCGAGGGCACCAUUUGGGGUCAGCUCGGAGAGGAUUCGGACUAUGACAAGCUCACUGACAUGGUGAAGUAUUUGGAUCUUGAUCUGCAUUUCGGUACGCAACGCAGAUCCAAGCCCACCUUGCUGUCUGAGAACUUUAAAAAGAAAGACGUCGUGGAGAUCCUGUCUCACAAGAAAGCCUACAAUGCCUCGAUCCUCAUCGCACACCUGAAGCUCUCCCCUGCCGAGCUUCGCCAGGUGCUGAUGGACAUGAGCACCGACAGGCUGGAGCCGGCCCACAUCAAGCAACUACUGCUCUAUGCCCCCGAUGAGGAUGAGGUCAAAAGGUACGAGCAGUUCGAGCAGGACCCGGCCAAACUGAGCGAGCCCGACCAGUUCAGUUUCCAGAUGCUCAUGGUGCCUGAGUAUAAGACCCGUCUACGGAGCCUCCACUUUAAGACCACCCUGCAGGAGAGAACAGAGGAGAUGAAGGUGGCUUUUGAUUACAUCUACAAGGCCUCAGUAGAGCUGAAGACCAGCAAGAAACUGGCUAAAAUCCUCGAGUUUGUUCUUGCAAUGGGCAACUACCUAAACAACGGCCAACCCAAGAGCCACAGGACCACCAGUUUUAAGAUCAACUUCCUCACUGAGCUCAGCACAACCAAAACGGUGGACGGGAAAUCCACUUUUCUCCACAUACUGGCUAAGUCUCUGUGCCAACAUUUCCCAGAGCUGCUCAACUUUUCCAGAGACCUCACCACAGUUCCUUUGGCAGCCAAGGUGAACCAGAGGGUGGUAACCACAGAGCUGAGUGACCUUCACACCACCAUCCAGGACAUCAGAGCAGCAUGCCUGAAGAUCCCCCUCACCUCUGAGGACCACUUUGCUUCGGUCAUGAGCAGCUUUCUGGAGAACAGCCACCCUGCCAUCCAGUCUCUGGAGUCCCUGCAGAGCCGAGCAAUGGAGGAGUUCUCCAAAGUGGCCUCUUUCUUUGGAGAAGACUGCAAGUCCACCAGCACUGAAUCCUUUUUUGGCAUUUUUGCAGAGUUCAUUAACAAAUUUGAGAGAGCUCUCAGUGAGACCCAGACUCCAGAAAACCCAAGAAGCCCUAGACUGUCCUCCCCACUGGCCUGGUAGACCCUACAGCGGUCUGAUCUCCACAACCGAAGUGCCAAAAUCAAAUGCAUGGUGGCAGACGCUCCAUAAAGGGCACUUCAUCUCCAGCAAAAAAAAAAGGAAAAAAAAAGAACUGUACCACCUAUGCAGGUUAGGUUUGCCCCCUGGUGGAACAAUACUGUUAUUUCAGGUGCUUGGCGGUACUGGUAGACAUUGAGCAUCAUCAGAUAAUCUAUGAAAGUACGAUAAUUUACCUUUAGCCUAGAUAUCUAUGAGAUAUUAAAAGUUUGUAUUUUAUGUCAUGUCAUGGUUGACGAUGAUUCGUGGCUCAACAUUUUGAAUAGGCAUUCAUCCUGAAAACGACAAGCUGAAGCUAGGAGUGUUAGCUCGUCUUAGUUGAGCUUAGUUUAUUUUACUGACAUGUAGUCCACCCAGUUCAAUUUAUGACAAUAAAAGUGUCCCUUUUUUUACCUUCCAUAUCCGAAAAUGGCUAAAGCAUUUGAUUUAGCAUCGCCUGAACUGGGGUCGCUGUUGCCCCUCCAACUGAAGUACCCGUUUACUAUUACAUAUUAGCGUGUAUAUAUAUAUAUAUUCAUUCCUUUAUGACAGAAACAUGUCAUCCACUUCAUUUGUGCCAUUUUAGGCACACGUCAGAAGACUCGCAACAAAAGAAUAUUCAACCCAGACCGCUCAAUUCUCUUUUUAACGGUCCUGCUCAUAUUAGUGUAGUGGGUGUUUACUGAAAGUAAGUGUGAAUAACAAAUAUAUUCAAUGUAAAUACCUUUUUCCGUCUAUUGUGGUUGCCAUGGUGACCUCAUGAACUGCUCCACAGUGUACCAGUAGCUGUGGUGUUGUGUAUGUUGUACUACUAUGUAAAUGCACAUUUUUGGGCUAUGCACUCUAUUUUCUCAUUGUAAAUUCCCUCUGUAUACCGUUUUAUUUCUCCUUGUUGCACAGCUUUCAAAGUCGUAAAACGCAGAACCAGACCUGCUGCUAAGUGUCAUAAACGUGUUUCUGUUCUAAAUCAGUUGCAUGUUGGUGCAAGUUACAUUAUAAAUGUGCAGCUGGUAGCAACCACCAACCCUGUUUUCCCUUUUAAAAUGUUUCGUUUUUGUUUGAAUUACUCCAUGUUAUGACUCAUGUUUGACCUAUAAAAACGAUGCUAUAAAACAAUGCUUCUUUUUGUUCGCACCACCUGCACGUAGAAUUUCAAUCGAUUACUUUAGUCUGUUGCGGCGAUGCGGCAGUCACCGCCAUAUUGGUCUAGGCAAGAUGACAGCUCAUUUAAAUAGGUUAGACUUUACAGACAUUAACUACAUAAUACAUCGUAAAAUAGUAACAACAAACCCAGAAAUGUAUACUUCGUCAUAUACUUUAUUUUCUUUGGAAAGGCCGUAUAACCAAGCAUUCAUAUAACAUUUUAUUCCAUAUGUCAGCUCACCAGACGACACACCAUACAAAACGACGGAGCCCAAAAAAAAAAAAAAAAAAACGCAGCAUCGUCACUUCUAGUUGAAUGGCAU